AUAGACGAACUGAACAUAUUUGACAAAUACUAAUGUAAAGGGGGCAGAAAGAAGCGUGUUACACAGGCUAAUAACGACUGGUUCAAGAUAUACAUAGCCUAUAUGUCAAAUAGCGUUUUGUUUAGUAUCAGUAUAUUUAUUUCCCAUUAAUUCGGUGUCAGAGAAAUAUUUAUUUCCAGUUUGCUAGCUCAACGACGGUCAUAUCUGAGGGGGUCCGAUUUCCCCUCUUCAGAUGCAUUACGAUGCCCUCUGAUUUUAUAUCCCUACUCAGCGCGGAUCUCGACUUGAAUUCCCCCAAAUCCCUAUAUUCCAAAGAAUCAGUGUAUGACCUUCUCCCCAAAGAGCUGCAGCUGCCAUCCUCCACUCAGCAAAACCCAGCAGCAGCCAUGAGCCAGAAGAGCGGUGGAGAGGCAGUUCCUCCUCCCUCAGCUGCCCUUGACUCAGAUGCCACCACCGUCUCCUCUUCUAUGACCAUGGGAGGCCCUCGCAGUGCUUUUCCCACCUCUUCCAGCUCCAUCGUGCACUCCACUACUUCAGCCACCGACCAGACCUCUGCUCACACCGGCAUCGCCGCUCCAGACGAAGGUGUAAGUAGCAGAGCGGUGGCGGAGAUGGUUGGCGCCGAGGGCGGGACUGGCAACAGUGGGAGUGCUGGUGGCGGAAGGGCUGGCGGCGAGAAAGGAGGAGGGGCCGGAUCCCUAGGUGGAGGAGGAAGAGGGGGGGCAUCCCAGGAGGCCCAGCAGCACCACCAGAUGACCCCCUCCAAGCGGCGCACGGUGCUGAACAUCUCGCCUCCGCCCGAGGACCUGUUUGACGACAGCCGCAUGUCCUGCCAGGAGGAUCAGCUCCAGGACUCCGAGCAGAGCAACAGCAUCUGGAUGGAUGACUCUGCCUCCAACUUCAGCAUCGUCAGCUCCAGCUCCUACAACGACAACACAGAGGUGCCCCGGAAGUCGCGCAAGCGCACCCCCCGCCAGCGACCCGGGCCCAAGGCUGCCUCGGCCGAGGAGGCCAGCAUGGACGUGUUUGAUGCAGACAGUGCCAAAGGGCCUCACUUUGUGCUCUCACAGCUGUGCUCAGACAGCAAGGCCUGUACCAAAGGAAGUUCGGCAGAUGGCUCCCAAACAACCCAUCAGAAAUGUGGGACCCUAGCGAGCCAGUUCCCUCAGAAGAGUGAGUGCAAGGAGCUGAAGAUCCUGGUCCAGCCUGAGACCCAGCACAGAGCCCGCUACCUGACUGAGGGCAGCAGGGGGUCAGUGAAGGACCGCACUCAGCAGGGCUUCCCUACCCUAAAGCUGGAGGGUGUGAAUGAGGCAGUGGUGCUACAGGUGUUUGUGGGUAAUGACGCUGGGCGUGUGAAGCCACAUGGGUUCUACCAGGCCUGCAGGGUGACGGGGCGCAACACUACAGCCUGCAAGGAGGUGGACAUCGAGGGCACCACUGUCAUUGAAGUGUCCCUGGACCCCAGCAAUAAUAUGACCCUGGCGGUGGACUGUGUGGGGAUCCUGAAGCUGCGUAACGCUGAUGUGGAAGCUCGUAUCGGGGUGGCCGGCUCCAAAAAGAAGAGCACGCGUGCCAGGCUGGUGUUUCGGGUCAACAUCUCCAGGCCGGACGGCUCGGUGCUCACGUUACAGACACCGUCGUCUCCCAUCCUGUGCACCCAGCCUGCAGGGGUGCCUGAGAUUCUGAAGAAGUCCCUCCACAGUUGCUCGGUGAGGGGGGGUGAGGAGGUCUUCAUCAUUGGGAAGAACUUCCUCAAGGACACCAAAGUCAUAUUCCAGGAAAAUGUAUCAGAUGAGAAGUGUUGGAAGGCAGAGGCUGAAAUUGACAUGGAGCUGUUUCACCAGAAUCACUUGAUUGUGAAGGUUCCUCCUUACCAGAACCCAGCCAUCGCGUCUGCAGUGUGUGUGGGAAUCUACGUGGUGACCAAUGCUGGCCGAUCCCACGACGUGCAGCCUUUUACAUACACUCCAGAACCAGUGGACAUAUCUGUGAAGAAAGAAGUUCCAUCUCCAGGCAAGCCCUGCCCUUUUGAUCAACGGAUGAAAGUAAUUGAUGGUGCCUUGAUGCCCCCAAUGUUGCCUCUUGUGAAGAGAGAAGAGGUCACUCCAAUGGAGGUCUCCAGCAACCUCCCUUCUGCUGGCGUGUUCAAGCGGACCCCCGAUGUCAUGUGUUCCGCCCAGCAGACGCUGGACAUGAGUUCCAACCUUCCCCCCAACAACAGCCCGUUCUCCAACUCCUUGCCGCGGUCUGCCAAGGACCCUGCCGAAUCCCAAACAGCAGUCUUCAACAGUGCAGAGGCCCUGAGCACCAUACAGAAGCAGGACAUUGCACUCACCAACUCCUUCCCCGUGCCUGCAGACUCUCUACUCCAAACUGGGCCUCAGCAAUUCCUCCUGGAGCCCAGAGAGGGGCUUGGUCAGGACAGGGCUGGCAACAAUGCUGGGGCGGUAGGGAGGCUCAGUCAACAAGUGGAGGCCCCUCAACCUGCCCCCCAGCAGCACCAGCUGCCCAUAUUCCCCCCAGACGAGGUGGCCCAACUGGAACAAGCAGUGAGACAACUGCAGGCAAAAGGGUACUGCAGCCAGCAGCAACAGCGACAACAGCAACAGAUUCAACAACAACAAAUUCAGCAACAACAGCAGCAACAAAUUCAGCAACAUCAGCAACUACAGCAACAGCAACUACAGCAACAACAACAGAUUCAGCAGCAACAGGUUCAGCAGCAACAGGUUCAGCAGCAACAGGUUCAGCAGCAACAGGUUCAGCAGCAACAGGUUCAGCAGCAACAGGUUCAGCAGCAACAGAUUCAGCAGCAACAGAUUCAGCAGCAACAAAUUCAACACCAACAAAUUCAACACCAACAAAUUCAACACCAACAACAGCAACAGCAUGUGUUGGAGAACCUGCGGCAGGAGCUGUUUAAAUCACAGAUGCCAAUGCAGUGUGGCAUAUUUCAGGGUGGUUCUCUAGGUGAGAACGCUGAACAGCAGGGUUCCCAGCAGGGCAUGGUGCAGAACCAUGGUUCCCUUUUUCAGCAGGCCCAACAGCAGCAGAGGCAACAACAGAAACAGCAGCAGCAAGCAGCACUCUUUCAGCAAGCCAAUGAGCUCCUCUCCAUUCAGACCAACUUCCUCCAUCAGACCCCUUCUCAUCCCUCUCCACCCCUCUUCCAUAAUCCCAGCCCCCUGGCUGAGGCACAGGACCCACAGGGGGCGCUGUUCCACACUCAGAAGGCCUCUCCCACCCAGGAGCAGGUCCAGGCAACCCUCUUCCAGAACACCCUGACAGUGUUGAGUAGGACCAGCCUCUCCCCAGAGCAGCCCCCCUCUGCCGCCAACCUGUUCCUCCCCCAGAGUGCCCUGCCUGGUCAGCUCUCCGCUAGUGGCAGCCAGCAGCAGCAGCUGGCCUUCCUCAGUGCCCUGCAGACCUCUGCCCCUGAGCCCCAGUCAGUGUUCCAGUCUCAGACCCAGCUUUCUCCUAUCCAGCAGGGGACCCCCAUGGAGCAGCAGCAGCCCUCCCAGCCUCAGCCACCUCAGCAGAAUUCUAUGUUUCAGAACAUCUCCCCUCAUCCACCUGCAAACACUCUCUCUCAGACCCAGCAGCAGCAGGCUGGCCUACUGUUCUGCAGCAAACACCUCUCCACUCCAGAGCAGCCCCCCAGUCUGCUGUUUAGUGGCCAGGGCCAGAUGCCCCCCAUGAGCAGCAGCAGCCUGAACUCUCAGGAGCCCCAAAACCCCUCCAUGCUGUUCUCUCAGGCCAACAUGGUGACUGUUAGCCAGCAGGAAUCCUCUGAGCCCAUGGCCUUCCAGGACCAGAGCCAGGUGGUGGGGAACCCCUCAGAGCCUCGCCAUCACGGCCUGUUCCAAGAGCAGCAGCCCAUGCAGCUGAUCACCAACUCCAACAACGGCCCAGAGCAGCCCGUCUCUCUCUUCAUGCCCCAAUCCAACAUGUCUGCCCUGCAGGCUUGCAUGGCUGCCCGGGAACUCCCGCAGACAGGCAUCUUCAGCACUCAGAAUGGGGUGGCAGGCCUGCAGACCACCACCUCCUCCCCCGUACAGCAGCCAGGGUCUCUGUUCCAGACAGCAGUCAGUGGGAGCCUCAACCAGCCCAGUGAGGCCCAGCAGCCAGGCCUCUUCCUCUUUGGGAUUCAGAAUGAGUGUGGCCAGCUGAUAACCUCUCCUGGAACCACUCUGUCUGAUCAGAUCAUUGCCAUCAGUCAGUCUGGUCAGAACCAGAGAGAGAGCGAGGCCCAGAUCCAGUCGCUGCUCAACCAGUCCAUGUCUGAGUCAGGGAGCAUGCAGAACAGCAUGACCGCCUCCCAGAACAUGGAGAAGAUAGAUGACCUGCUUGUCAGCCUGCAGGAGCAGGGCAACAACCUCACUCGCUCCUACUAGGCCUGCUAUAGGUUUCAGGAGCCCAGAAGACACCCAGUGUGGACCCCCAUUACAGACGGCAGAAGACCCCCGGUGUGGACCCCCAUUGCAGAUGGCAGAAGACCCCGGUGUGGACCCCCAUUACAGACGACAUAAGAAUGAAAACAAACUCAAUGGUGGGCUCCUGUCCGAACUCCAAGUUACAUGUAAGCCUCAGCGGCCUUUUUCUCCAAGGACAGUCUUCAUGUGUAGAUGCUCCACAGUGGCGCCGAGCGGGGCACCAGUCCUCCACUGCAUCUAAACCUGGACCUCAAAAUAGGACAUAGGUUGUAGUUACCCCACAACUGUCAUUGUAUCUCGCAGCUAGUCACCUCCAGCUCUUAAUGAAACAUGACACUAUGUAAUGUUUGGCUAACUCAUCAGUUCUCAGAGCAGCACUUUGCGGUGUGGUUUUAUAAGUAUGGUGGUGGAAGCUAGCACAGCAUUCUGUCUUCUCCAGGACCAGAGUGUGGGCUCACAAUUGUUUAGAACGCAUUGUUGUCCUUUUUAUACGAUAUUAAAAGUAUUUUAGGAAAUAGCAAAAGAAAAUAUACAAUUCAUGAAAAAUAAACCUUUGUAAUAUAUUUUGUCUUUAGUUCUUUCAGCACUUUACGAUGCUUUCCUUUUGUGGCCAGUUACUCAUUAAGUUGGCCUAUGCAUUCGCUAGUCAGCUAUUUAGUCAGUACAUCUCGACAACUUUAUUACUCAUGCAUGUGUUUUGAGUUAUGGCUUUAGUUUUUUUUAUUGUUCCUUUCAUGAAAUAUCAGUUUCUUAUUGGCAGCCAUCUUCCCAUUACCCAUUCAUGAGAAUAACUCCAAAUAUUUGAGUAUUACACCAUGGAUUUCUUUCCCUGAUUAGACUCUGUAGUACGAGAGAUGCUCUAGAUUAGGGUCAAUGUGGAUCAAGAGAAAAAAAUCAUCCAGCUUUUAAAUUAUUAAUUUCCAGUCUACAUAAUUAAAUAGGCCUACAUUUUGAAUAAAUCAGAACCAUAUAUGUGUACUAUAUACCAGUGUGCACGGUUGUCUGAUGUAAUUAAAGAGUAUAUUGUUAUUUGUAUCAUUCUAUUGCAAAUGUAGAUAAUGUGUUGUUUUGUAGUGAUGUCUCCAUGGAAGAUGUUUGUAUUAGCUAACGUCUGGCACGCACAAACUGGACUUUUAUCCAUAGAUCAGAGAGGAGUUUUCCGUAUGUUUGUCUUACUGUAAAACAGCAACUCUCUUGCCUACAGUGGGCCACCCCAGGACCUGAGUCAAGGCCUCAAGUCACAGCCUUCUUUUUCGUCUUCAUGAAUGGCCAGUUUUAUGGCUCAUAUUGAUUGGUGUGUUCAUAUUUGUCGUUUGAGACUCGCCAUGUUUUGACAGGAAGAAAGUGGUGAAAGUGACUGGAGCAGUUAUCUGUUUUGCCUUGAGCAUGAAUGGUUGUUUGUAGUUGGAUUAUUAGUGUCAGGCGUGAUAUACAGAUGUAUGAUCUUAAUUUGAUCACUCUUUUGUUGGUGAGAAUUUUCCUGUACUGGAAGAAAAACUUUUUUAUUAUUAUUUGUAUUUUAUCGUUUUUGUAUAUAUUUUUGUUGUACUUUUUACCCCGAAUUUCAUGAUAUCCAAUUGGUAGUUAGUCUUGUACCAUCGCUGCAACUCUGCAACUGCAACACGACUCUGCCAAGCCGCUCUGAUUCUUGACACACAGCUCGCUUGUGUGUCAAAUUUCGACUUUGAAAUUUCAGACUUGAUUUACCCUAAUGAAAAAUGUAUCAACCUCUACAAAAAUGUCCAUUAAUUAUAAUCCACAGAAUAAUUCACAUUUCCUUUUGCUGCAGGAUUAUUUUUUUGCUAUAGCAAACUGGCUCAAAUUAAGACCCUACACCUGUACUGCUGCCAAACUGGUUUGUGCUUUUAUUCUUUACAUGUGAGUAUUGGGCUGGAGUGGAGCCAACAGUAAGAUUGUGUCUUGUUUUUUGUCUGAAUCUGAGUAUACACAUGAACAAGGGGCUGGUCUCUGAUGACAACAGUAACAGCUUCGUUGAGUGCCUCCAUCUUUCUCUCUUAGUGCUGUAUUUUAUUGUGUGUUCUUAACAUCAUUACUUUUUUUCACUUUAAAAACAAGCAAAUGGAGAGUAUUUAAAUUAUUUUUAGUAAUGUGAUUGGUGGGGCCCCAUAUUCCCCAUCCCAGAGCUUGAGCUGUUUUCUUUUAGAUAUUUAAAGGGACCCUACUCAUGAAGAAUGAACCGUUAAGUUGCUUUGGAGAAAAGAGCUGUCUGUGAUUGGCCUUCUUCAACUCUUGUGAAAUACUAGUAGUUUUGUUUCCAGUAGUCAUGAGUAUUUGUGAAUUUUUAUCAUACUUACAAAUAUUUUAUCAUAUAUUUUUUACUGGUGUAGUUCUAAUACAUCUUUUCAGAAAUCAGAUCUAAUUUAUUUGGUAUUUCUUGUUUUAGAUAUUGUCUCAAUUGUGUCCCACAAUCAUAUUUGUGCUACAAAUGACUUGAUGUACAAGUUUGGUUCUGAUUUAACUCCGUAAUUGUAUUAAUAUUAGUUAUGUGGAUUUGGCCCUUCCCCACCUGUUGAAACUGUAGUUGGCUGUGGUCUUGUGUGACAUAUCUGUCAGUGAAGCUUUUCUUCUCCUUGUAGAUGUGAGGACAGGGAUACAACUUUAUGAUUGAGGGAGUUCAAAUGUAACAUGUACACUGAGUCACAUGUACAUUCCUGUACAUUGUUUUCUUCCCUUUGAUAGAUUUCCGUUCAUAUGCCAGGUUGAGAUCAAUUGUACAGUAUGUUUGUCCAAAUCUGAUAGUUUAAAGUCAAACCCUUGUGAUAUCAUCCAUGAAACAUUUAACCUAUACUGUCACAUCUACAACUUAUUUCACCUCUUGAAUAAGGAAAGAGCAGGAAGUUAUUGGACAACUAUGCCAGUUAUAAAGCCAUACAGACAGUUAAAACAGCAUCUAUUAAAUAUUUGUUAAUAGGGUUUACAAAAAACUCCAAAUGCAGAAUGUGUUUGUUACCUCAACCCGAGCAGGUUGCUAAUCAGGCCACCUUACUCAACAUUGGACCAAUUACAAUGAUAAAGUACAUUCUUUAUAUAUAGUAUACAUACAAUAUUUUGUGAGCAACAUGUUAAUGUUUUGUGUUAUGAAUACACAAUAAGAUUAUUGUUAUUUUCAAGCAUAAGGAUAUUGAGGAAAGAAAUACCUAUUUUGAAAUGUAACCCAUGAAUAUUCCAUGUAGUAUGAGCUUUGACAAAAUAGGAGGCCUAUUUGUCAAGUAGGCUACAUGUUUUACAUUGAUGACGACAUGAGUCUUUGUAAUUGAGUGGCGCUAUACUUUAUUGUGCCGGUAAAGGUUUAAUUUAUUGAAGACCUAAAAAUGAACGACUUUUCCUACUCAACCAAUGACUACAGAAAUGCAGGGGUCACCUUGAAAGUUCAUCUGUAUUUUUACCAUAUUUGCACCCAGACUAACCAAUGAUUUAUGGCAUCACAGUGUACAGCAAAUAUAUUUUAGAAGUAUUGCUCAGUACAUUGGAUGAUAUACUUGUGCCUUGACAAACUUUUUAUAGUAGAGACCAGAUUUAUCUUGUACCAGUGUUGCCUAUUUUAUUCACCGCUGUGACACUAUUGUCAGUGGUUAUUAGCCCUUGAUAACUAGUAUCUUGCAAGCCAUAUGACUUGUGUGCUUCAAAUGCCGUACAGAAAUGAGUGACCAGAUAAAUGUAUAGUGUUGUGCAAUUUGUUGUGCAUCUGAUUUAUUUUCACGAAAAUAUGAAUUGCAUUUGUUUCACGUCGUUGCAAUUUAAGUUUUGUCUCAAACUGCUAUGCAGCUUGAUUCAAUAUAAAUGUAUAUCUGUUACUUUUUUAAUAUAUAUUUUAUCUAUCUAGCCUCUCUUGAUUGUUCAUUGCAAUGGGGAAACUAUAACAAAAUAUUGUAAUGAUGUUAAUUAUUUAUGUAACUUUUUGAAAUAGUAUUGAUACUGUGUGCCACCGGGAUUUAUUUUUAUGAUUGGGCUUGUGUCAGUCAAGACCAACACAAAUUUCACCUAAUUCAAACAAAGUUGUCAUUCAGAAUUUUCAUCAUGGGUGUUUUGUUUUUAUUGUAAAUGUCAUCAGUCAGUCUGUUCACACACUGUUCUGUUUGUGUCCCCUUAACCUGUCUGGCUUUGGUUUGAUGUGAAAGUCUGCUUUGUUUCCAUGAGGUUAGUAGGAUAGUAAUGAACCUGUUGAUAGCAUUGACAGGUUAUAGGUAUGGGGAGUGCAUAUCACCUAUGUGUUUUUAGCUACCGUGUGAACAACUGUUAAAUAUUAACUUUUAAAAAAUGAAUCUAUAUAAAAAUGUAUUUUUGCUUUUGUUGGGACAUUUGUAUACUCUUGCAAUUAUAUUUAUGUAAACCUGCUGGUUUCUAUAUUAAUAAAGAGAGAUGAUACGUUU